AUUAAAUUGACCAAUAGGAUUGAUGCUUCAUUCGCGACAGAUCAUCAACAAAUGUCAAUUUUAAAUAUAAAGUAAUAUGUGCUAAAAUAAUCGUAAAUAACCGCAUUUUGAAGAUGUCUAAGCAGAAUGAAGAAUACUUGUCCGCAGAGGAAUUGCGAAAUAGACUCUAUCACAGUCUUCGCGACAAAGGUCUUGUGAAUUCUAUGAAGAGCCAACUACGUACAAGUCUAGUCAGUGAAUUAAAGAAGUCAGUCAAUGGCAAGUUGUCUAUCGAGGAUCUGGAAGUGCCAGACUCUGGCUCCCUUAUUCACCGAGCUUCCAACUCACUUGUAGCUGACCACCUGCGUAGCUGCAAAUAUGACUACACAUACAGUGUCUUUCUACCAGAAUGUGGCAUUGACAAAGCCAAGAUUUUAUCCAAUGAAGAUGUGCUACAGCUGCUCAAGAUUAGUCCACAGUCGCGAUUGUACAAGAAAAUGGCAUCAGCUCACCCUGGUCAGAGCAGGAAGGGAUUUCUGUGGCAGCUUCUUAGUGAGCUGUGCUAUCUACACAGCCAGGCCAGUAACACAGCCUCAACACAGACUGACCUUAUCAAGGUGGCUACUGUCUCCACACUGGAUGAGAAGAUGAGUGUGCUGGAUGAGCUGUUUAGUUCCCGUCGGGAGGAGCAGUACCGCACGGGCGCCACAGCACUCGAGGACCGCCUGCUCAAGUUCCAGAGACACCUCGAGGAGAGGUGCAGGAAUGAGAUGAAACUUGAGGUGGCACGGGUAAAGGAGGACGAGGUUGCUAGGAUACGAUUAGAGGAAAAGGAGAACUUUCGUCGGGAGUUGGAGAAAGCUCGGAAAGAUUUGGAAAGAAGCUACCAGGCCAAAUUUGAUGCUCUGGUUGUGAGAGAAAGGAAUGCCGCAGAGCGCUUACAGAGAGAACAAGAAAUGCAAGAAAAGGAGGUUUACAAUCAGCGCCAGUCCAUCCUGGAGGAGAUAGAGGCAGUGAGACAGCGUGAGGCCUCGAUAAAGAGGGAGUCUGAAGUCUUCUCCAGGGAAAAGAAGCUCAAUUCAGACAGAUUGAAGGCUCAAGAAAAUGAGAUUCGCACACGUGAACACGAGUUGUCCAGAAAAGAAAUUGAGUUUGCACAGAGGCUUGAAAAUGAAAUGACAAAAUUCAAGGUUGAAUACCAAGCCAAGUUUUUGGACAGAACACAGAAUAUAGAGAUCAGAGAAGCAACACUGAGAGAGAAUGAGAAACGUAUAGGGGAGGAUCAGUCUAAGAUAGAUUCACUGAAGGAGGAGGUCAGAGACAAGUCUGCCAGGGUCAAUGAGCUAGAGGCACAUCUACAGGAGUUGAGACACAAGGAAAUCAAUGCUAGCAAGCACAACGAGUUCCUGAAUGCAAAGCUGCGCGAUAUGUGUGAUUAUGCCACAAUUAAAGAGCAAAACAUCACAUACAGGAAUGAAAUUGAGAACUUAAAAACACGCAUGGCUGAGAUAAUGCAGUUGAAUGAGCGAGAGAGAAUAAGGCAGGAAGAGCUGCUGAGAGAGCUUCGUCGCCCGACCUCGAUGCCUGAGUACCAGGAGAGACGGGAGUCCGGCUGGGAGAGGGAGUCCUACAGGGAGCAGAGGGGCCAUAGCAGGAGAUAUGAAACAGUAGGUGGGUCUGAUCCACUAGUGCGUCAGUUUGAGGCACAAUCACUUCAGGUGAAAGACCUUAACCAGCAACUGGAUGACUUGAAGCAAACACUCACCUACACACAGAAAGCCUUACACAAUGAAGUAUACAGAAAACCACAGGAUGGUGACGUAUCCAGGCUGGUUUCAUUCAACCUCUCUCACCGUUCAGGAAAGAAGUCUGCUAUAAGUGACAAUGAAAGUGACCUUGACCUUAAAAUAGGAGGUCGAAGGUCAGCCCACAAAGGUCGCAGCAGAAGUCCCAGGGUGGACAGAGAUGAUGUGUAUAAUGAUGUUGACAUAGAUGAUUUAAGUACUCCAAAAGUCUCGACAGAUUUCACCUCAGAUGCAGAGGAAAAUUCCAACCAGUCUGCAGACAUUGUUGCUGAAACCAAAUAUAGACUGAAGAGCUUGGAGAAAGAAGCCCAGAACUUGGAGAAGGCUUAUGUGGAGUUUCACUACCAGCUCACCAACCCUUCCUCAGUACCAGACCCUACCCGGCCAGCAUUCAGGAAAUCUCUCAAUGAGAAAUCAGGGAGCAAAGGUCACCACAUGCCAAGCCCCCCAGCCAGUCCUAUAGCCGCCGCCCGCCCGCUGUCUUCCACCCCCUACCACCAGCCGCAGACAACCUCUGCAGCAGACGGAGAUGUCAGCACUGACAGUUUAACAGAGCUCAAGGGUUCAUCCUCCCUGCCCAGAAAGAAGGGAUCAGGGGGUCAGGAAGGGGUGCCCAGGUUUAGUCUUUCAGAUGUCUCAGAUGAUGAGGUGAAAGCAAAGAAAGGGGGAGAUCGUGUGGAGAGGCCACGGCCCAUCACAGUGGAUGACCUUGAGGCACGACCUGGCUCCCCCAGCAUCAUGGUGGUGCAGGCAGACCCCAGCAGUGAGGAAGUUCAAGUCUCUGCCACUGGUAGCCAGCCUUCCAAGCCGGAGCAGCCAAGAACAGUCACCCAGCCUCCAGCCAAGUUACCUCCCCUGUCUCUUGACACCGCCUGGAAAAAGCCAGCCCUUGAUGAUGCCUGGAAGUCAGAAGAGGCUGAGCGCAAGAAGUCUGAAGCGGCCGAUGCAGCGUGGCAGGCUGAGCAGGCAAGGAAAGAGGAGGAGCGUCGGCGUCGUGAACAGGAGGCCUGGCAGAGGGAGCAGCAAGAGCUGGAGGAUCUACAGCGCAAACAGCAGGCACAGACCAAACCUGCCACCCCAGAACCAGAAGAGAAGUCCGAGAAGACGGACAGCAUAGACCCUGUGAUGAAGCAGUACAUGGAGCGGGUACAGCAGCAGAAGGCUGCCCCAGCACCCAAACAAAAGGAGUCUGAAAAGUCGAUAUCACAGAUUGAUGACCUGUCACUAACAGAUGAAGUUAAGAGUGAAAUGGAGGCUGAGGCAGAGUCUGAUGAUGACUUCAACUGGUAGAGGAGGAGGCUGACAGAUCGUUUGUGAGGCUGAGACAGAGUCUGAUGAUGACUUCAACUGGUAGAGGAGGAGGCUGACAGAUCGUUUGUGAGGCUGAGACAGAGUCUGAUGAUGACUUCAACUGGUAGAGGAGGACGCUGACAGAUCGUUUGGAAGAAGCUUGUGUCAAAGAUUGACGGCAGACUUGAUUGGAUGUAGUUGUAUUUUAUUGUUUUAAGGAUAUGCAUUUGGAAAGGACACGUUGCUCAUUUGCACCUCUAUUAAUUUGCAAAAGGUUGUGUAUACAUGUGUAAGAGUUUUCUGCUGCUGCUGCUUUCAGCAGUUUUUUUAAUAGUAUUAUUGUAUUUUAAUAUUUUUACUCAAACAGGAAAUACCUACUGAAAAACAGUGUGUAUUUUAAGGAAUUCUAAAACCUGUUGUAUGUAGAUCUAGUCUAUUUUUGAUGCAGAGAUAUGUUAGAUUUCAGUACUUUGUCUUACUUUAGAACUGGAUAUAUCUUCCUGUUCAGCAGUCUAGAAAUAUGCUACCAUGAUAUCUGUCAUAUACUAGUAUCUGUUAUUCCUUCAUUUAUCUCAAAAGCUGGUAUUUGAAACGUGAUUGUUCAAACUGUGUGUUUUUGGUACCACACCAGAUAAAAAUACUUCUGUCUUGCUUGUAUUCAAUAAGAUCCUACGGGAAAUCUUUACUUAAUCUGUAUUUAAGAGAUAUUCUUGGUCACAUUUUCUACAAUAAAUCCAAUGUUUUCCUCUAACAAGGAUAAUAGAGUAAUAAUUUUAGCAAUAUUUACUUACUCAAAACAUUUGAAUGUAAAAAGACCUUAACAGGAUGUAGCUUUUGUUUUUAUGAAAUCUUGAAUUUGAUUUGGUUGAAUAUUUAUUUUUUAAUAAUAUCUAUUUUUAACGUACGCUUUAUGUAGGUAGCAUUAUUGUUUUUAUUCAUUUGUUUUUACAGUUUCGAAAUAAAUUAAUCAUGUGUUAGAUGAAAAGCAUACCAUGCAGUUAUGUAAUUUUACUAAAUAUAAGAGCUAUCUAGUUGCAAUCAUUUGCAUGUGAUACCUACAGAUUUGUUUUUAUUUCAAUCUGAAUAUGCUUUGUUUUGUUAUGAUGUAUUAUUAUGCGAU